AUGGCUCCGAAAGUCGAAGGCGGACGGCAGUUGCCACUGGCUUUCAGCUUAACCGUCGAGACCGGCUCGGUGCUAGACCCGCUUGCGGUUGCCCAGACGUUGCUAGAGGACUCCCAGAAGUCACAGGCGGAAGCCCCGCCCGACAGCCAGGUCGAGGACCCAACGGCCGAAGGGAAGGUCGGCGAGCCGGACGAGACGGAGACAGCGAAGCCCAAAGCGAAGGCCAAAGGAAAGCCCAAAGCCCAGGCAAAAGAAAAGGCCAAAGGCAAGGGCGAACCCAAGGCCAAAGCCAAGGCCGAACCCAAGGCCAAAGGCAAGGCCGAACCCAAGACCAAAGCCAAGGGCAAAGCAAAGGCCAAAGCAACGGCGGUCGACACGGAGCAAGAAAAGGCUGCAGCAGCGGCAGAGCCGCCAGAGGAGACCGAGGUUCCAGAGGCCCCGACAGAGAAGAAACGGAAGGCCACGGAAAAGCCGGCUGAGGAGCCUGACAACAAGAAGCCCGAAAAGAAGAAGCCCAGCGAAGUGCUACGAGAGCGAGCCACGGCCCUCGUUGCGGAGCUUCCAGAGGACGUUCCGCCGGCCAAGGCUGCUGGUGAGGAGUUGCAGACCCGUGACAGGCGUAAGGCUUGGUUCUUCGAGAAGAGUUUGCCAACUUUGUCGUCGGAGCUGCAGAACUUCUUCCGGAGCAAAGACGCCGCGAAGACCAAGCUGAUCAACGACGUCGUCAAGCCCGGGGCGACGACCAAGUGGGAGAUCAACGAGAACCACCCCACAGUGCAGACCUUGACUUCUCACUACCGCUCCGUCUUGGGGAAGACGAAGCAGAAGUCUUACCCGAAGGCGAUUAUGGUGGGGAAGUGCGGAUCAGAAACGGCCUUUCUGAAAGCCCUCCGCGAGGGAGACGUCGUCGAGAUCACGGACAAGGGCCAGACCCAGUACAUGUACAGGCAGCUGGAGGUUCAGCACCGGACCGCCGUCGUCCAGAAGACCGGCCUGCAGCAGGCCGCCGCCUGUGACCAGGAGAGCAAGGACAAGUUGGAGGCCUUCUGCGACAACUUCGACCCAGAGUUUGAAGUGGUGCCGCCGAGCUCGAGCAGUGUCACCCCGGCGGCUUUCGCAGUGCCAGGAACCCCGCCGCCCCCUUUGGCCAUCCUUGACAGGCAGCCGGAGCCCGGCAUGCUUCCUGAGCUGGACAAGAAAUGCAUCGAGAAGAUCGAUCAGGCCUUGACUUGGCUGAUGCAGCUCAAGCAGGCGACAUAUCGGCUGAACAGCAGCACCUCGCAGACGUGGCAGAACCUGAAGCGCCAGUUGGACGAGAAGUGGGCUCAGCUGCUUCCCUUGCAGUCACAGCUUGAGACCUUCAAGCUUUCCAACAAGGGAAGCCUGGCUCAGCUGAAAUCUGUGCUGACGGGUGCAGCAACCAAGCUUCUGGAGACCCAGGAGCUGCUGAAAGGUCUUGUUGCAGUCAGCUGA